CCAGAGGAAAACAGUAGACCUGUUGUCGUUCUAGCGUGAACACCGCCACCGUCGCCGCCUUCAUCUUCGCCGUCACAACGUCUGGCGCAUUAAUGCUCGGCCUAACCUAACACGAAAAAUAACAGCAAAACAUAACAAAUAUCAAACGACAUCAUACGUCUAUCAGCACAGAAAUAGUGUACAACAACAACUUAAAAACAAAAGCAAGAAAAUAUUGAAUUGGAUCUGGUUUUAACUCAAGAUGGCGACUGAAGACAACGGCAACAUCGGAUUGUUGAAACCUAUGUCUAGCAGUAAUGAAGAUCUCAGCGAGUACACCGACGCAGAUGAAUCCAUUUCGGCACCGACUGAAUUUCUAGCUGAGUUUCUGUCGGCAGUGAUGUUGAAGGAUUACGAGACGGCGUUGAAAUAUUGCAAGCUGAUACUACAGUAUGAACCUAAUAAUAUGACAGCGAAAGAGUUUUAUCCGUUGAUCCUGGAAAAAUUGCACCAACAAAAUAUGUUGACAAACGAAGAUGAUGACGAUGAAGAAGAAAAUGAAGACAGUUCUAGUAGCUCCAGCUCCAGUUCUGACUCAGAGAGUAGUUCUUCAGAUGAUAGUAGUGAUCAAGAGGAAGAUGAAGACGAUGAAGAAGGACAGGAUGGUCAAGAACAAGGCGCCGAUAAACGUUCGAAAAGUUCUUCGGAUGGCGGAGAUGCCACCACGGGCAGCUAUUCCAGUUUGGAGGAUGACGAACCGGAAGUGGAUCAACUCGCCGCGCUCGCCGCCAAGUUCCAGAUCGACAACGUGAACAUCGGGAACGGAAAUAAGAUAUAUUCUACAGAUUUCAAAAGCAACAUCUCAUCGGCAAACAAAAUCUACACGAAUCUGGCAGCGACAGCAAACAAGACCUUCGCCAACGAAACGAGCCUACCCUUUGGUAGUUCCGAUUCUGAAUCGCCCACGGAGCCUGUCAGUCAGCAGACGAUAGCGAUGCUGCGCGCCAAAGUGGUGCCAAACAAAAAUUAACCAUCCCUCUAUUAACGAUUCUCUUCUACUUCAUUUGUUUUGUGUAAUCAACGUCCUAAUUAAAACUUUUAACUAGCCGACUAGCAGCAAAUGUAAUUGGUAAGGAAGACUAAACCAGUACAAGUACCUAAAAUUAUCCGUAAAUUAGACAAACAUAAUGGUAAUUGUCUUAAAAUAAUUACAUACAAAUUAAUCAUAGGUCCUUAAAAAUUUCAUAAAAAAGAAUCAGACGUACCAGUAUUACAUAGAAUUAAAAUUAAUUAACUUUUUCGAAUAUUAUGGAAAUUGAUUCGUCCAAGAAUAAUUUUAAUUCAAAGUUUCUUUGUGUCCAUAGAAAAAGAAGAAACAUACAAUAAAAUGAUAACGUAGAAUUGAUAAUAUUUUUCACCCAGAAACAGUAUACUGAAUAUCAUCAUUAAUAUUUGGAUGGAUUUAGUUGGUUUUAGUUGGAAAUUGAGUAGUUUAAAUAUGUAGAGAGUAUUUAAUAUACGCUGAUGAUUGUAUAAAGAUGAACGCUCGGUGGCGACAAACAUGGUGAUGAUAAUUGAUAAUAUAUUUUUGUAUGUUUUGUAUAUUUAAUUGAGUGUAGACGGUAUUUAUUCAUACCCGCCUCUGAACAUGUACUUGUAGAUAUCUCUAUAGACUUGUAAUCAGUCUUUGCAAAAUUGUUUAGAAACUUUUGACCAAAAACAGAAGAAAAAGUUGACACAUCUACUACACAACUCUGACACUCACGAAUUUAAAAUAUACUUGGAAACUGCAGUCGAUGAGAUACAAUGAAAAUUGCAGCAAAGACUGAAGUAAUACUUGUAAUCAAUGUAAACAAUGAACCACGAACGUAGAAGAUUCUAAUGAUUUUGGCUUAUAUAUGUUCAAUUCUUGGAAUUUCUAACAACAACAUAUCUGCAAAUCAUAAGAAUCGACAUUUUAAACUCAAGCAUGUAAUAUUGUACUUGUCCCAGUAAGAUAAACUUGUAUUUAAUUAUUGUUAGUAGUGUAAUUUAGUGUAAUCAACUUUUUUUAGUCUUUGAUUACUUACUUAGAAUUGUACGUACUGUAGUAAGGAGAGUGGAAUGACGAGGCCUUCAACACAAAUUACACAACACGCAAUAUAUGCAACCAAAACAACACUAAACACACAUGCAUAACCAAACAUAACCAGACACGUUUACUUGGCUUGAUUGUAAAGAAUUGCGCAACAAUUGGAACCAAUGCGAUUUAUUUGUCUCUUUGUAGAUUUAUUAUUAGAAAAAAAGAUUAGAUUUUUACUUAGUAUAAAAAAUAUUUAAAUUUUUUAGUACUGUUUUGAUGUUUUGCAAUUCUUUUCUUUAAGAUGUCCGAUGUAUAAAUUACUAAAUAAAGCAUAUCAUUAAAUA